CCAGUGGGCUAAGCCCAUGACCCGGCCACACACUCCUCAGAUUCCCUCCCCCUUCUCUUCCGCAGCCGGCGAUGGCCGCCUCCCGCCGCCUGGCGCGGAAGCUCCCCUCCAUCAUCUCCAAACACCAGCGCCUCAUCUCGCCGGAGAUCGAAAUCCUAGAGGAGACCCCCGAAAUCUCCACCUCGCCCGCCUCCAUCCCCCUCGACCCCUCCCUGCCGCUCCUCCCGCUCGCCGUCUCCCACCUCUCGCCGCCGAGCCCCCUCCCGGCUCUCCCCGCCGCGCACGCCUCCUCCCCCGCGGCGCUCCUCCGCCUCCUGCGCCGCGCGCGGCACCACCCGCGCCUCGCGCCGCUCGACCUCCACCUCCUCCUCGCGGCCGCCGACGCCUCCUCGGCCUUCCGCCCCGACCACCGCCUCACCAGCCUCCUCGCCGCGCGCCUCGCGGCCUCCCGCCGCCUCCCCUCGCUGCGGCUCCUCCUCCAGCUCGUCCUCUCCCGCCCCUGCCCCUGCGCCGACGACUCCAUCUUCGCCUGCCCCGACCUCCUCCCCACCUUCCGCAAGGCCAUCCUCGCCUUCGCCACCUCCGGCGACAUCCCCGCGGCGUCCGAGGCCCUGGCGUCCCUCCGCCGCGCCGCGGACUCGCCCCUCCCCGCCGAGUUCUACAACAUCAUCCUCCACGCCCUCGCCCGUCUCCACCGCCACGACGACGCCAUCCGCUUCUACGGCGAGAUGACCAGCGUCCACCGCGUCGCCCCUGAUGCCUACACCUUCAACAUACUCAUCAACAGCUCCUGCCGUGUCGAAGGCGUUGAUGCCGCCAUGCGGUGGUUUGAGGAGAUGCGGCACCGGAGCUGUGCGCCGACUGAUGUGAGCUUCAAUACUCUUAUGCGCGGGUUCUUCAGAGAAGGAAGGUACAAGGAAGGCCUUAAGGUUGCUCACGAGAUGCUGCAGCUUGGGGCCGGGCUGUCGGUUGCUUCCAUGGAGAUUUUGAUAGGUGGGUUGUGCGGUGGAGGCGACGCUUUGAAGGCAGCAGAGGUGUUUGCAGAGUUUUUGGUGGAUGCGGUGGUGCCGGAAGGGUUUGAUUGCUUGGAUCUGGUUGAAUCCCUAUGCCAUGUUGGAAGGGUGGACAAAGCAGUGGAAAUAGUGGAGAUGGUAUUGGAGAGGAACGGGGCAUGCUGCUUAAGUGUCCCUGCUGGCGUAACGGUUCUGGAUUGCUUGAUGAAGGUGGGGAAGCUGGAUGAUGUGUGCCGAUUGAUGGGAAGGAUGGUUGGGGAGGGGAUUGUACCAGAUACCAUAUCUUGUAACUGUAUCUUCGAGGCACUUUGUGAAGCUGGGCGGACUUCUGAUGCAAACUUGCUGAGGAUUUUGGCUAAGGAGAAGGGUUUUCAGGCUGAUGGUGUGACUUAUAGCAUGCUGGUGCAGGGGUUUGGUAGGCAGGGCAGGGUGAAGGAAGGCGAGGCUGUGUUGGAUGAAAUGCUUGAUUUAGGGUUUAUACGUAACAUUGUGGCUUACAAUAGGCUUCUUGUUAGCUUACACGUGCGGAGAUCUUUGCAAUAACAAGUGAACUCCUCUAGGCAUGUGUAUGCUCCAAACAUUUUUUGGCCACAUGGAAGCAUCAAACUGCAAGAUGUCAGAGAGUUGGUGCUUAGAAUUCAUGUGCACAGACUUUUGGAGGAACAUAAAACAAAACAAGGGAUAGUCGGAUAGAUGUCAGUUGAGAUGAGCGGUGGUCACAAUUGCACUGACAGAAGUUGCGAAAUUCCAGCGAUUCAAAUGAGGUUUGAAGGCCUCCCUGUUUGAACUGUACAGGAUCAUGUUUUUGUAUAGCAUUUUCCUAAUAUCUCUCAGACCAAGUGGUACUAAGAUCUUGUUGAUAGAAAAUGCCUCGUGCCAUCUGGUGAUUUGACAUCUGUACAGUUAGCGGGAUUGAAUGAUUUUGCAGGGGAGCUACCUUAACAUUCUCGUCCCUUAUGUCCAGUGCCCAGAUAUUGUAGGUUUCUGGUAUCAACUACUGGAGAGUU